AUGGAUAUCAACAACAGCUCUCUAGACCGGGCCUUCAUCCUCAAAUUACCCGACGAGCUUUUGAGUAUGAUUAUUAGUCCCCUGGCGCCAAUUCUCGAUGACGACGAAUAUUUACACAAGCAAUAUCAACCCUACGAGAUGGUCGUUGCACUUUCUCUUGUGUGUAAACGAUUUUAUCGCAUUACUGUGCCGUACUUGUACGCAGAGUUAGUGAUCAACACCGGCGAUAAGACUUGGAGACGACCGACGCAAAUUUCCAAGUACCUUCAUCGCACCUUCAGAGAGAAUCCAUUGCUUUGGAAACUUUGCCGACACCUCACAGUGACCUAUGACGAAUCAAAAAUCGAUUUUCUUUAUGCUGUAACAGAUUGUCUCACCUGGCUCACUGCUGCCAAAUCUUUGACCUUCUGGGGUUUGGGGGGCAAGAAGGCAUGGGGGCUACUCCAAUUGGCCACAGAACACAUAUCUGGUUGUAAUAUUCUCUCACUCAACGCCAACUACCGCUAUACCCUUCACCUACCACUUGAAAAAGCAGGAACUGCUCCAUUCACGAAACUUCAGCUGCGCAGCUUUCUCCUAACUCCAAAAUCCCUCGAAGCACUAGUCCGUUGGCCAAGACGUCUAGAGGAAUUUGAGCUGAAAUAUUCAUCUGGGGAUGACUUCGCAACCUCAGGGCUCUAUAGUGACUGGAGCCUGGCAACAUUGCAACCAAUUCUGUACACGCACCGAAAAACUCUCCGUUCUAUCAAAAUAUACGGCCUUCACAAGAGCGGGUUCGAUGGAUUUGACUUGCGCGAGUUCGAAAACCUCGAGAAACUUAGCCUCGGGUCCGACUUUUCCGGUCAUCAACUCUUCAAUAGGAACGAAAUUUGCGAGCCCCCUCACAGUCUUCUUGCCCCGCGCCUCCGUGUCUUCCACUGGGAUUUAACACUCCUAGAUCAGCAAUGCGGUGAGAGCUUAUGUGACUUCGGCCAAGCAGAAGAAGAUUGGCUACGACUACUCGCACGCAAGGCAAUUAAACACGGAUGUCCACUUCGGAGGAUCGAAAUCACAUUUAACCCUGUUGUUGAUGGGUACAUCAGUAUUACCGAUGACAUGUAUCCGUGGGACCGAAUGGAUGCUAUGGGGGCUGAUCUACGCCCACACGGUAUUGAAGUAUCAUAUGACACUCCUAGUGUUAGUAGGGAACAGUUCUCGAUGCUUCGCAAACAUGCUGCUGAAGACAAUGCAAAGCUGGCUGCCGAAGUGGAAUGCCAAUGA